GAUCAGGGAAGGAAGGUAUUUAAGUCUGGGGUGAAUCCAGCAAAAAUUGGAGAGAAAAUUGGACUAAGUAAGAGAAGAAACAGAAUGUCUGAGAUUGAACAGAAUAAAAAAGCGGAUGUUAGUCAUAGCGAAAUUAGACAGGAUGAUUUUGAAGAUAACCUCGAUAAGCUUGAGGAUGGGAAAUUAGAAGUGAUUGACCCAGCAGACGAGUUACCGGAAAGUUUACAAGGAUUAAGUGAGGAAGAGUUGGAAAAGUUAAAGAAGAAAGUUACUAGAAUUGCUGAUAUAAGAUUGUUACCAUGUUUGGUUAUACUUUAUAUUUUGAACUAUCUUGAUAGAAACAACAUUGCAUCUGCGCGUCUUGGUGGGUUAGAAGAAGAUUUGAAUUUGAAGGGGAACGAGUAUCAAACGUGUGUUUCUAUUCUUUUUGCCUUGUAUAUUCUGAUGCAAGUACCAGCUAAUAUGUUUUUGAAUAAGUUUGCUAGACCUUCGAUUUUCAUCAGUGCCAUUAUGUGUGUUUGGGGUCUUAUUUCAAUGUGUACUGGCUUUGUCUCGAUAUAUGAUGAUCCAAAUGGUAAAGGAUUACCGGAAGGGAAAUCUGGAUUUGGAGGAUUAUUAGCAAUUAGAGCCAUUUUGGGUUUAGUGGAAAGUGCAUAUUUCCCAGCAUGUUUAUAUUUGCUUAGUUCUUGGUACGACAGACUGGAAUUGGGGGUUCGUAAUACCAUUUUAUACUCUGGUAGUUUAUUAAGUGGAGCUUUUAGUGGGUUAAUUGCUGCCGGUAUUAUUAAUCAAAUGGAUUAUGUUAAAGGAUUGAGAUCUUGGAGAUGGUUGUUCCUUAUUGAAGGGGCCAUCACCGUUGGUCUUGCCCCCAUUGCUUAUUUCGUUUUACCAGAUAUGCCUCAUAAUACUAAAUUUUUAUCUCAACAAGAAAAGGAUAUCAUAAUAUGGAAAUUAAAACGUGAAGUUGGUCAAAAUGAUUCCGAUACCGAAAAUAAAGAAGGUAGUAUGGGUUCUUUGAAAUUGGCAGUUUGUGAUAUUAAGGUUUGGUUAGUUACUGGUUGUUUAAGUUGGUUAGUGGCUGCUUGUGGGGUAACUAAUUAUUUCCCUUCUAUUAUUGAAACUUUGGGUUUCGAUAGAAUUAUCACUCUUGUUUUAAGUGCUCCUCCUUAUUUAUUGGCAGUAGUGGCUACUUUCUUAUGGGCUCGUCAUUCGGAUAAAACUGGUGAAAGGUUUUGGCAUGUGGUGGCUCCUUUAUUCGUUUCUUUAAUUUCUUUCAUUAUUAAUGUUUCAACUUUAAACGUUGGGGCUAGAUACUUUGGUAUGGUGAUUAUGAUUCCUUCCUUGUAUUGUUCCUUUACCACAAUUUUAUCUUGGAUGUCGAAUUGUGUUCCAAGACCUCCUUUGAAAAGAGCUAUUGCCCUUAGUAUAAUGAAUUGUUUAUCAAAUUCAGCUUCUAUUUGGAAUAGUUAUCUUUAUUUUAAUGACGCUGCUCCAAGAUAUUUGGUCGCAUACGUUUGUAAUUGUGUUUUCAUCCUUUUGGCAAUUGGCUGUGCUUUUAUCUUGAGGGCUAGAUUAACUAAGUUAAAUAAGAGAAUCUUGACUGGUUCAAUGAAUUGGGAAAAAGAAUUGGGUAAAGGUAACGAUGGUAGCAAGAUUUCUCCUAAUUUCAGAUUCCUUAUUUAAGCAGAAUACUGAGUAUAAUAAAAGUUUAUUCGAAUUCUUUUGUAAAGC